CCGAGAACCAAAAUGGUAACACGUCGAAAAAGUAAAUAAUGAAAUUUCUAGUUAUUUUUAAGCAGUUGUUGGAUAUUUUUUUUCACCAUUGACACUGGAGGGUCUUAUGGCAAGAAUUUAUCUUCGCCUGCCACAAUGCAGCAGCCUGAAAGAUAUGCUGACUCUCAAACAGUGGAUGGUACUCUCAUGUGGAGUGUUCUUAAUUUUGAUUCUAGUCAUUCUCUUCAUUCACUCAUACUACCUAGAUGACAGUGACGUCAACUCAACAACACAACAUUUCUUACCCACCGUAAACUACAAACCUGGCAAGGCAUUCUUUUCAUAUGGUCCCAACGUUCAUUAUGGGGUUGUGUUGGACUGUGGAAGCAGUGGUACCCGUGUUUAUGUAUACGUCUGGCCGCCACAUUCCGGUAACCCGAAAGAUUUACUCAGUAUACAACAGUUGAAAGACCAGCACAAUCAACCUGUAGUCAAAAAAAUCUCACCAGGCUUAGAUACUUUUGAAGAUCAUCCAGAAGAUGCCAGUGAAUAUUUACGUCCCUUGCUUGAGUUUGCCAGUUCACAUAUACCAAAGAAACAACACAAAGAGACAUUACUGUAUAUACUUGCCACGGCAGGAAUGAGAUUACUACCUGAACAAUCACAAAAAGCAAUUCUGCAAGAUUUACAUAGGGACAUUCCAAAACAGUUUGAUUUUAUUGUCGCUGAAAAUAACUUUGAAGUAAUCAGUGGUAAACAAGAGGGGGUUUAUGCAUGGAUUGCUGCCAACUAUGCCCUACAGAAGUUCAGUCAUGGAGAUGAUGAUCACCCAUUGGUUGCUGUGGAUAUUCCUGGUGAAAAUGGGGCAGUCAGACAGCAUGUAAGGCGGAGAACUGUUGGAAUGAUUGACAUCGGAGGUGGAUCUAUGCAGAUUGCUUAUGAAUUAACAGCCAAUAUUGAUUCUGUACCAAAGCAUUUGAUAGCUGAAUUCAAUCUAGGGUGUCUGAACUCAGAUGUAGACCACACAUACAGAGUUUAUGUAACAACUUUCCUAGGUUAUGGUGCUAAUGAAGCCAGGGAGAGAUAUGAAGCAAUGCUUGUAUCAAAAAUAAAACAAAAAGAAAAAGACAGUGAUAGAGUAAGAAGAGCAGCUGUUGGAGAUAAAUCAUUCCCUGAAAAACAUGAAAUUAUUGCCAAAGAAUUGUUCAACAAGUCCCCAGAAUAUGUUAUAAAAUCAUCAGGGAGGAGAGAUAGACCAGCUGUCAGACUGCAGCAAGCCCCUCCCCCUUCCACAGACCCAUACCAAAACAUUCCUGACCCAUGUUUGCAACCAGGCCUUACUUUGCCAGCAAAAGAGAUCUCGAUCAACGGUAAAAAGGUGACAUUCUCAGGAACAGGGGAAUAUCAUAAAUGUCAAGAAGCGGUACUACCCCUAUUGAAUCUCUCUCAGCCAUGUGAUAUGUCCCCGUGUUCAAUGAAUGGAGUUCAUCAACCAAAAAUAUCCUUCGGCAACAGUGAGUUUUAUGGGUUCGCCGAGUUGUGGUAUACGAUGGAAGACGUGUUCAGGAUAGGCGGCCAGUAUGAACACGAUGUCUUUGAUGCACAGGCUACAGAUUUCUGUGAGAAGAGAUGGUCACUUUUACAAGAAAGAUACAAUAAGGGACUGUACAAAAAAGCUGAUGAAAACAGAUUUAGAAUGCAGUGCUUCAAGUCAGCCUGGAUGACUACAGUAUUACACAGAGGCCUCAAGUUUCCUGAAACUUACAAAAACCUGAUUUCUGUCCAGUUUGUGAACAACAGAGAUGUUCAGUGGACACUCGGAGCUCUGAUACACAGAACACGAUAUUUACCUCUCAGAGAAAUCGAGGGUUAUGGGGAAUCAGAUUUCAAGCCAAGCUGGUUUUCAACUUCACAUAUCAUUUACAAUGAAUACCUGUUACUUGUUUGCUUUUUUGUUGUGGCCAUGGCAAUUUGUAUCUACAUUAGACGUUUGAAACUGUGUUCACCAAAGCUGCCACGUUCUGACAUGAGCCGUGUGCCGUCAAUGUCAUAUUUCAUGACAGAAAUGGAUCAAGUUGAGCAAGGAGUACGACUGAUGAACAGUUAUACACAUCCAUGAUAUAUAGUUUAGUACACAUUAGGUUUCUAAAAUCGGGUCCAUAAAAGCAGCAGCAUUUUGACAUCAGUCAUGUAAUGGAUGUCUUAUUUUGUUACAAGAAUGGAUAAAGUUGAGCAGGAAGUAAUAUAUCGAUGUUUCUCAUUAUAGAUCUGGUGCAGUCAUUCUGCGCAUGUCACAAAAUUAUUAUCAUUGGAGCGCACAGCAAAAAUAUGCAGAUUUUUGCAUGUCUGCAGGCAUUCAGUGUACAAUAUGUAUAGCAUACUGACUAAAGGUUAGGGUUAGCAUUACGAGGGUUACAAAAUACAUACAUUAAAGAUACAAGAUAUUCAAAUUGUGUGAAUCCAGUAUAUACUGGAGUUUGUAAUAUAUCAGGUGCACCAGAUCUGUGUUUAGUCAUAGUCGUAAUAUAUUUAUCCUUAAUUUAUGUCCAGAACAUAUUCAGUUUUUAAAACAAUGUUAAUCAAAGCUGCAGCAUUCUGACACAUGUUGUGUGAUGUCAGUGUCAUAGGUUAUGACAGAAAUAGAUCAGUGUUAGAAGGGAGUCAGGCUGAUGAAGAAUUACACUUGUGCUCAGCAAUGGUUAAUUCUACAAAAAAGUAUUUGUUAUAACCAAAGCAGGCGUGUCCAUUCUUAUUUUAUCAAGCCAGCUGAGAAAGGAGUUGCAUGUAACAAUAAUUUAUCAAAUUCUGGAUUGUUUGACAACUGUAAAGGACUUGGUUAUAUGCUGCUGUGGUUCUUUUCAAUCGCUAAACAAUACAGUAAAAAUGGUGCUUCUUUUUGAAGAUAGUUUAGUCUUCCAAUGAUGAAAUGGACAACAUUUUUGUAAUGUUGUCAACACUCAGUCCCAAAGUUAAUCUUUGAAAAAUAUACUUGCAUUAAGCAGGCUAAUGUAAGAAUCAAGAGGUAAUGUUUUAUAUUUUAUAUAUAAUAUUAUGAUAAUAAUACAGUAAAUUUUUAUUUAAAUGUAUAUAGACAUACUGUUAAAAAAGUUAAUGUGUGUAUUUAUAUCAAUAUAUUUUAUCUUUUAGCAUUGGAAAAGAGUAGAAAAUCAAAUUUUUAUGGUACUGUUUGCAGUUUCAUUUCUGCUCUGUAACUCUUGAACCCCUUGAAGGAUUUCAAAGAAACUUGACACAAAUGUUCACCACAUCAGGAUGAUGCAGAGCGCAUAUUCUGGAUGGCUCGCUUUAAGGUCAAGGUCACAAUUAGGGGUCAAUAGUCAAAUGAGUGUGUUUUGUGUCUAUCCUGUAACUCUUGAACUGCUUGAAGGAUUGUAAACAUUUGUGCCAAGUUUUGGCACAAAUGUUCACCACAUUGAGAUGAUAUGCAGAGCUCAUGUUCUGGAUGUCUCUCUUCAAGGUCAAGGUCACACUUAGGGGUCAAAGGUCAUCACUCUGUAACUGUUGAACCCCUUGAAGGAUUUCGAACAAACUUGACACAAAUGUUCACCACAUCGAGAUCAUGUGCAAGAGCACAUGUUCUGGAUGGCUAGCUGCAAGGUCAAUGUCAAACUUAGGGGUCAAAGCUCAUACCUUUGGGCGUAUAUUGCUUCGCAUUGGGGUGCUCUUGUUUCAUACAUCUAAUUAAAAUAUGAAGCAUCAGCAGUAUUUACAAAUAGUCCAGGAUUCUUAAUUACAUAUAUCAUUACUGUUUGUUCUAACUAAUCUGUGACAUGGUUUGUUGUGAAUGGCAAUUUUAUUUAGCAAGAUCCCUCCAUAAACUCACAUCAUUCUAAAGGUCUCUGAGGGUGGUAGUACUUGUAGACUUCAGAAAAAAAGGUAUCUAUAGCAUUUGUUACAAAAUGCUUAUUUAUAUCAUACCAAUAAAAUGUCAACUUACUGUCCACUUUUUUGUAUAAAUAGGUUUUCUUGAUAUCUGUAUAAAUAUCACACAAUACCAUCUAGUUUAUGCAUCAUUCUGAAGAAUUCUGACUUUAUUUUAGAAUGGAUCAUUAUAAAACUUUCAGAAUGUCUUAGUUUGCGUAAAUGCAACAUUUCUAUGCAGACAUUUAAAAAAAAAUCUAAAAAUAAAUAGAAAUUUUGAUUUUGUUGAAUCUUUACAAUGAGAACAAUACAUUUUGGGCAGUAAAAUUAACAUUAUGAAAGAUAUUUAUACCAUCCUUGGAGAUGUUCAGAAUGAUGUAUAGUUUAUGUCUGGAUCUUGUAGCAUGAAGCUGCAAUUCAUGAAAAACCCUGUCAUGGAAUAGGUUGAAAAUGUGAGAUUAUGUCAGCCUGAGUAAAAGCAAUUUUUGUCCAGGGUAUAAGGGACUGUACAUAUACCAAUAGCUCAUACCUGCUUAACCAAAGAAUAUUUAGUAGUGGAUUUUUUAUCACUGUGUUUUAAUUUAAAAAAAAUAUUUUUAAGUUUUAUUAUUUGAGUUAGAGUGCAUUUUCAGUAAAUAUAUCAGAAAUGGUUUUAUUUCUGACUUCUGUUGGAAUAUGCAUUAUUAAAUUUGUCCCUUGGAAAAGUGAAGCAAAAUAUAUUUAUGCAUAAUAUUCAAGGAAAAGUAUUAAGAACAGGCUAAAAAAAUGUCUUCCAGUCUUAUUGGUGUACAUGUAUGAUAGAUAUUCCUAGGAUUGAGUAAGCCUUAAAAAUUUAUGCCAAAAAAACCGAUGAAAUAUCAUUAUCUGCCCCAUAUUGACUAAACCAAAGAUUUUCAUACAGCUUGCAUCAAUAUUUCCUCCAGCAAGAUGAAAUGCAGAGCUAUAAACCUAGGUCACUAGGUUGAAGGUCAUGGUCACACUGUGAAGUCAGAGGUCAAAUAGCUUAAAUUUCUGUCUGCUUCAAAUCUUAUUGGAAGAUUUUCAUAAAACUAGCAUCCUUCCUUUACCCCAUUCAGGUGACAUGCAGAGUGCACAAGCCAAGGCACUAGAUCCAAGGUCGAGGUCACACUUGGCAGUUGACAGUCAAAUAGCUUAAGUUUGUGAUACUCCAUAUUUUCUUGACUGCUUUGAAGAUUUUCAUAAAACUAGCAUUAAGUAUUGACCUCAUCCAGACGAUUUGCAAAGCACAUCACUAGGUUGAAGGUCAAGGGCAUUUUUGGUGAUCAUGUUCCAGGUCACUGAGUUCAUGGUCACACUUUUAGGUCAGAGAUCAAAUAGCUUAGAUAUGUGUCCACUCCAUAUCUUCUGAACCACUAGAACGACUUACAUAAAAUGAGCAUCAGUUUUCAACCUCAUCUAAAGGACAUACCGAGUGCACAACCCAUUUCACUAGGUUCAAGGUCAAGGUCACACUCGAAUGUCAAAGGUCAUGAUAACAAAUUUUACUUUUCCUGUAUCCAUUCGGCAUCUGGGGUUAUUCAGUGCCUUUAGUGACAGCUUUAGUUUUUAAUAAGAAACUGUUUUUCCGAAACAGUUUGUAUGAAGGAGCCGGUUUGUUACAAUUUACUGUGAUAUCAUAUGUAUACUGUACUUUAUUGUAAUUUGUUGUCUUGUUUUCAUUGUUGGUAAUUUUGUCUCUAAAUCAUCACUGCCACAUUUAAUGUCACAUAUUAGGGUAAUAUAUCUAUGCUCUGCACAUAAUGUAGUGGGUCAUAUUUCAUUAUUUAGUGGAUUGAGCACUGAAGUGUUAUAGCUACUUUAUCUAAUAGAAGUUAUGGCAAUUUUGAAUUUAACCCGCGAUUUGUACAUCUUCAUGUAAAUUGUUAUAACAGAUUUUCUGUACAGUCAAACCCGUCUUUAAAAACCACCCUCAGGAAAGUGGUUGUUAUUUUCAAAUGUUCUUUAUUCACAGGCUAGAAUGUACUGCAAAUUUUACAAGGAAAACAAAAUGUUCUUUAGAGCCAGGUUGCUUCUGUUCACAGAUGGACUUAGCAGAGGUUCAACUGUAUAUAAUGUUGCAUUCCUUUUUAAAAAGUUAGUCAGAAAACUCACUACACCUAUAUGCACAUUGUAUUGAAUGGCAGAAUUACGUUUUACAUGUGUGUUAUGAAUGUGUAUGCAAAACUUGUUAAAAUAGCAGUGUUACAAAUGUUGACACUGCAGGCUGUUGUUGAAGAAUAUUUCGUCACCUAAGCGCAAAAAGUGAAUAAGUCCUUCUUUAAGUCAAUGCAGUUAACCGCUUCUUGCGUUGAGGUGACGAUUUAUAUCUUACAUUUAUUACGUUUUUCUGUGAAUUUUUGAUAUCUUAGAGUGAAAUAUAUCUGAUAUUUUCACUGUGAAAUGGGUAAUUUUAGUCGAAUCAUGAAAUAAAAGGAAAAUUUGUGUUUUACAUGUAAGAUCAAAAUAUCUUUCACUCAUGAACACCAUAUGUUACAUUUUUCCUACGUGAAAAUAUUGCAUCUUAGACUAGUGUUCAAUUGUGAAAGAUAUUUCAAUCACACACUGAAACUUACAAAUAUCCUCUAUAUAUCAUACAUUUCAACUGGAUGAAUUUUGAAUACUUUUAGUGUCUUGCUCAGGUGGACCAUAUUUUUAGCUCACCUGUCAUGUAGUGACAAGGUGAGCUUUUGUGAUCGCCCUUCAUCUGUCCGUCCACAAUUUCUUGUGAACACUAUAGAGACCACAUUUUGCAAUCGAUUUUAACAAACUUGCACACAACUUGUGUUGGCAUAAUAUCUUGGUUCCUUUUGAAAACUGGCCAGAUCCCAUCAUGGGUUCCAGAGUUAUUGCCCCUUAAAGGGCUAAAAUUUGCUAUUUUGGCUUUUAUGGUUUUAUUUGAUACAAACUUAAAAAAUAUCUUUAACAACAGUAGAUCUUGGAUUCCAUGAUGAAUCUGUCAAAUCCAGUCAUAGGUUCCACAGUUAUGGCCCCUGAUAGAGCUGUUAAUUUUUACCAUGCGAACACAAUAGAAGUGACAUUUUAUUUUCGAUUUUAAACCACACUUACACACAACUUAAGUCACAAUAAGAUCUCAAUUCCUUUCGAAAACUGGCUAGAUUCCUUCUUGGGUUCUACAGUUACUGCCCUUGAAAGGGGCAAAAUUUUCUAUUUUAGCCCUUUCAGCCAUAUAGAGGUUUCAUUUAUGCUUUGAUUUGAUACAAACUUGCACAGAAUAUUUAUCUUGAUGAUCUCUAGGCCAAGUUCGAAACUGGGUGAUAUGAUGUCAAAAACUAGGUCACCAGGUCAAAUCAAAGGAAAAGCUUAACACCCUAGAGGCCACAUUUAUGACCCUAUCUUCAUGAAACUUGGUCAGAAUGAUUAUCUUGAUGAUUCCUAUGCCAGAUUCAAAACUGGGUGAUAUGGGGUCAAAAACUAGGUCACCCAGUCAAAUCAAAGUAAAAGCUUGUUAACACUCUAGAGGCCAUAUUUAUGAUCCUAUCUUCAUGAAACUUGGUAAGAAUGUUUAUCUUGAUGAUUCCUAGGCCAGCUUCAAAACUGGGUCAUGUGGGGUCAAAAUCUAGGUCACCACUCAAAUCAAAGGAAAAGCUUGUCAACACUGUAGAGGCCACAUUCAUGAAACUUGGUCAGAAUGUUUAUCAGCCAAGUUUAACAGGUGAGCAAUAUAGGGUCAUCAUGACCCAGUUGUUAUGAGAUUUUGAGUAAAAUAGAAGAAGUUUUUUUUUACUUGUUCUUUUUUCAAAAUUCUUUAUUGAACUUAAAUACACAGUAAAAAAGAAAGAUUAAAAACUUAACUGAAAAUUAUUAGAAUUUUAGGCGUAAGUAGUCAGACUUCUUAAGACUAUUGUCUAUGUUCAGUAGAUAACCUCUUUUGUUUUGUGGGCCAGUAGAUCUUAUAUACUGGAAAAAGCUUCUUUAAACCAUAAGCUAUAUUUUAAGGAAUUUGAGGGUUUUCUUUGAAUAGAUCAGUAAAAGUUACUGUUAUGCUGAGGGUAUUUAACACGAUUAUUUGUAUUUUUACAAAGAACAUGUUUGUUGUUACUGAAUGAUAAUCAAGGAUGGUAUGUAUCAGUAUGACAGACAUAUGAAAACUUACAGGGAAGCAAAUUCGUUAAAGGAAAUUCUUGAAAUCAUGCAAAAAACUGUAGUUAUAAUAUUAUAGAAAAGGCCUUUCUUGUUCAUUUUUGUUUGUACAUUUUCUUUCAUUUGUUUGUUCAUUUCAUUUUUUUUAUCAAAUGAUUUUCUGAUUUGAUAAGUGAUUUAGAUAUGCAUAACUUAUUCCUAUGUUAAAUGAUGAAAAAAUGCCUAAAAUAUAGGUGCGGCUUUUACAUUGGUAAUCGUCAGUGUUUGUUAUGACAAGUGCAUAUGUCCGGUGAAAACAUCCAAAAAUUUGUUUUCUGGAGUGGUAAAUAUUUUGAAAGUUGAUCAAUUUUUGUGGCCUUAUAAGUAAAUAAUAUUUAUUCUUUAGAGUCAUGUAUUUAAGCCAUAAAACCUAUACCUAACAGACAUUUUUAGUUGGAACACCGGAGGGUACUCAUGGAAUGCCCUCCAUCCAUCAAUCUGUCUGUCCAUCUGCAAAUCUGGACCCUGCGGUAACUCAAAAAGUAUUUAAGCUAAGUUCAUGAAAUUUGGUAUGUGAAUAGAGGGCAAUAUGUAGAUUAUGCACAUACAUGACUUAUGCUUGUAGUUUUUAGUACUACACAGCAAUGUUCCCCAUAAUUAGGCUAUUUGUCGCGCACAUGACCCAUGGUUGUCAGUCAAAGCUCAAGGUAACUAUUGAAGGUCAAGUAAUAUUGUUUUUUCACCGGUAGGGAACUUCAGUAUUGCCACUGCAAUACUCAGUCACUUGUUAAAUUAGGGACCUAUUGGAGCAAGCAGUGCAGGUUACUGCCUGAAUAGCUUGUCUCUUGCCUCUCCGAGUUCAAAAUCUUACAUGUGGUGUAGAAUUCUUUCAUUUGAAGGAGCUGGCUUCUGGUAGGUUGGUGGUUCUACCUAGAGGGGCCACUGGAGUCUUCAUUGAAAGCUGUAAAGUCACCAUAUGACAUAAAAUCAUGUCAUUGUGAUGUUAUCAGCAAAACAGCUUUGUAAAAUUGUGUAAAAUUUAAUCACAUUCAGGCUGGUUCCAAACAACGAUAAAACUUUGGUGCUUAUAUUUAUGCCUUGUGAAGUACAUUGUAUAGGCAGAGAGGUGUAUGGAAUAUAGGGUAAUAUUUGACAAGAGACUUGCAGAUGUUCAUUUAAUAAGGGUCUAAUGGCUUUAACAUGAUGUAUUUAGUAAAGGGAAGUACUAAGAUAAUCAAGUGUUAAUGUGAAAGAUAAGAUUGUUGACUACUAUAACAUUACUAUUUAUAGAAUGUGAGAUUUGCGAUGCUUAAUUCAUGAUAUUACAUAUAAAAUAUUUGCCACAUUAUAUACAUUUAAGUGAACAAGCACUGCUUCUGAAAAGGUAUUC